AUGGGUGAUCUGGCGUUGGAUGUUGUGAAAGGGAUUGUAGGUUUCGGUUCCGGUUUGCAAAGUUGGGCGUUCACAUUGAUGACAUUUGCUAGACUUUACUCAAGCAAAUUCGGAAUUGAACCAAGUGUAUUGGUUAAACGUUUUUGGGGUGAUAACUUCUACAACGUUAAAACAAAAAAGUGGACCAAAGAAAAACCAGCUUCUGACGGCGUUCGUGGCUUUAACCAGUUUAUACUGUCACCGAUCUACAAGGUUUUCGAUACUAUCAUGAAGAAAAGUAAGGAAGAACAAGUCGAAUUGCUAACGAAGAUGGGUGUAACGCCAAAUGAAACUGAAAUGUCUCUUCCUGACAAACAACGAUUGAAAACAGUAUUACAUAAGUGGCUUCCUGCUGGCGACUCGCUCCUGCAAAUGAUAUGCAUUCGUCUUCCUAGUCCUGUCACUUCACAGCAGUACAGAGUAGAAAUGCUUUACAAAGGACCUAUGGAAGAUGAAGCAGCUAUUGCAAUGAAAAACUGCGAUCAGAAUGGUCCAGUCAUGAUGUACAUUAGUAAAAUGGUGCCGACUUCAGAUAAAGGUAGGUUUUAUGCAUUUGGUCGUGUGUUCUCUGGUACAAUUGGGACAGGACAAAAAGUAAAAAUAACUGGUCCCAACUACGUUCCAGGGAAAAAAGAGGAUCUUUACGAAAGGUCUAUUCAACGAACUGUACUUAUGAUGGGUCGUUACACAGAAGCAAUUGAGAAUGUUCCAUGUGGAAGCAUCUGUGGGUUGGUAGGAGUGGAUCAGUUCAUUGUCAAAACUGGCACCAUUACAACAUUUGCGGGGGCUCAUAACUUGAAGCAAAUGAAAUUUAGUGUCAGUCCUGUAGUCCGCGUUGCAGUUGAAUGUCAAAAUCCUGCCGAUUUGCCAAAACUUCUUGAAGGCUUGAACAGUCUUUCCAAAAGUGAUCCUAUGGUCCAAAUAACGCAAGAGGAGUCGGGUGAACACAUCGUUGCAGGUGCUGGUGAGCUGCAUCUUGAGAUUUGCCUCAAGGAUCUCAAGGAAGAUCAUGCUUGCAUUCCUUUAAAAAUAAGUAAUCCCGUAGUUUCAUAUCGUGAGACAGUAACGGAGGAGUCAAAUCAAACAUGUCUGUCAAAAUCCCCUAACAAACAUAAUCGUCUGUAUAUGCGUGCCUUACCUUUAUCAGAAGAAUUAGCACAGGACAUUGAUGAUGCAAAAAUCACUGCUAAUCAAGACGUAAAAGAUCGUUCUCGUUAUCUAAUAGACAACUACGGAUGGGAUGCUACAGAAGUUAGAAAGUUAUGGUGCUUUGGCCCAGAAAACACAGGACCUAAUGUUGUGGUCGAUACCACUAAGGCAGUUCAAUAUUUAAAUGAAAUAAAAGAUAGCGUUGUCGCUGCGUUCCAGUGGGCAACUAAAGAAGGUGUUCUUUGUCAAGAACACAUACAUGGAGUCCGUUUCAAUCUCAUAGAUGUUGUACAGCACGCAGAUGCUAUCCACCGUGGAGGUAAUCAAAUCAUCGGUACAGCACGUCGAUGCCUCUAUGCCUCUGUUCUUACUGCCAAACCAUACUUACUAGAACCAGUUUAUCUGGUAGAAAUCCAAGGACCAGCCACUGCUAUGGGAGGCAUCUACAGUACUUUGAAUCGCAAGAGGGCCAUUGCACUUUCAGAACGAAAAACUGACAGUCCAAUGUGUAUUACCAAAGCUUAUAUGCCGGUUAAUGAAUCUUUCGGCUUCACGACUGAUCUUCGUGCUGCAACUGGCGGGUAA